GACAGAUCCUCUUCUUCCGGCCGCGCCACCCGGGAGGCGGAUCCCCGGGGCCUGAGGAGGCUUCCUCGGCCCGAGCCUCCGUCCCUCCCUCUCCUGCGGGUCACCGGAGCGGCCUAGGAGGAGGAGGAGAAGGAGGUCUGUCGCGGGCGGCGGCGGGCAGAGAACGCGCUCCCCCUUCCCCGGCGGCGGCGGCGGCGGGGGCAGGACAAUGGAGGUGGCUGUGGAGAAGGCGGCGACGGCGGCCGCGGCCGCUUCGGCGGCGGCCGCCGGGGGGCCCUCGGCGGCGCCGAGCGGGGAGAACGAGGCCGAGAGUCGCCAGGGCCCUGACUCGGAGCGCGGAGGCGAGGCGGCCCGGCUCAACCUGUUGGACACUUGCGCCGUGUGCCACCAGAACAUCCAGAGCCGUGCGCCCAAGCUGCUGCCUUGCCUGCACUCCUUCUGCCAGCGCUGCCUGCCCGCGCCCCAGCGCUACCUCAUGCUGCCCGCGCCCAUGCUGGGCUCCGCCGAAACCCCGCCGCCCGUCCCCGCCCCCGGCUCGCCGGUCAGCGGCUCCUCGCCGUUCGCUACCCAAGUUGGAGUCAUUCGAUGUCCCGUUUGCAGCCAAGAGUGUGCAGAGAGACACAUCAUAGAUAACUUUUUUGUGAAGGACACUACUGAGGUUCCCAGCAGUACAGUAGAAAAGUCUAAUCAGGUAUGUACAAGCUGUGAGGACAAUGCAGAAGCUAAUGGGUUUUGUGUAGAGUGUGUUGAAUGGCUCUGCAAGACAUGCAUCAGAGCUCAUCAAAGGGUGAAAUUCACAAAAGACCACACUGUGAGACAGAAAGAGGAAGUAUCUCCAGAGGCAGUUGGUGUGACCAGUCAACGACCAGUAUUUUGUCCUUUUCAUAAGAAGGAGCAGCUGAAGCUUUACUGUGAAACAUGUGACAAACUGACGUGUCGGGAUUGCCAGUUACUAGAACAUAAAGAACAUAGAUACCAAUUUAUAGAAGAAGCUUUUCAGAAUCAGAAAGUGAUCAUAGAUACACUAAUCACCAAACUGAUGGAAAAAACAAAAUAUAUAAAAUUCACAGGAAAUCAGAUCCAAAACAGGAUAAUUGAAGUAAAUCAGAAUCAGAAGCAGGUGGAACAGGAUAUUAAAGUUGCCAUAUUUACAUUGAUGGUAGAAAUAAAUAAAAAAGGUAAAGCUUUACUGCAUCAGCUCGAGAGUCUUGCAAAAGAUCAUCGAAUGAAACUUAUGCAGCAGCAGCAGGAAGUGGCUGGACUUUCUAAACAGUUGGAACAUGUCAUGCAUUUUUCUAAAUGGGCAGUUUCCAGUGGCAGCAGCACAGCAUUACUUUAUAGCAAGCGACUGAUUACGUACCGGUUACGGCACCUCCUUCGAGCAAGGUGUGAUGCUUCCCCAGUGACCAACAAUACCAUCCAGUUUCACUGUGAUCCUAGUUUCUGGGCUCAAAAUAUAAUCAAUUUAGGUUCUUUAGUAAUUGAAGAUAAAGAGAGUCAACCACAAAUGCCUAAGCAGAAUCCUGUCGUGGAACAGAAUUCACAGCCACCAGGUGGUUUAUCUUCAAACCAGUUAUCCAAGUUUCCAACCCAGAUCAGCCUAGCUCAGUUACGACUCCAGCAUAUGCAGCAACAGGUAAUGGCUCAGAGGCAACAGGUGCAACGGAGGCCAGCACCUGUGGGUUUACCAAACCCUAGAAUGCAGGGGCCCAUCCAGCAACCUUCCAUCUCUCACCAGCAACCUCCUCCACGUUUGAUAAAUUUUCAGAAUCAUAGCCCCAAGCCCAAUGGACCAGUUCUCCCUCCUCAUCAUCAACAGCUAAGAUACCCAUCAAACCAGAAUACGCCACGACAAACAAUGAAGCCCAACCCCUUGCAGAUGGCUUUCUUGGCUCAACAAGCCAUAAAACAGUGGCAGAUCAGCAGUGGGCAUGCAGCCCCCUCGACUGCCAACAGCACGUCCUCCACUCCCUCCAGCCCCACCAUUACUAGUGCAGCAGGGUAUGAUGCAAAGGCUUUCGGCUCACCUGUGAUUGAUUUGAGCUCACCGGUGGGAGGUCCCUACAAUCUUCCUUCUCUUCCAGAUAUUGACUGUUCAAGUACUAUUAUGCUGGACAACAUUGUGAGGAAAGAUACUAGUACCGAUCAUGGCCAGCCACGACCACCCUCAAACAGAACUGUCCAGUCACCGAAUUCAUCAGUGCCAUCUCCAGGCCUUGCAGGACCUGUUACUAUGACAAGUGUACAUCCGCCAAUACGUUCACCUAGUGCCUCCAGCGUUGGGAGCCGAGGAAGCUCUGGCUCUUCCAGCAAACCAGCAGGAGCUGAUUCUACACACAAAGUCCCAGUGGUCAUGUUGGAGCCAAUUCGAAUAAAACAAGAAAACAGUGGACCACCUGAAAAUUAUGAUUUUCCUGUUGUAAUAGUGAAACAAGAAUCAGAUGAAGAAUCCAGGGCUCAAAAUACCAACUAUCCAAGAAGCAUACUCACCUCCCUGCUCCUAAAUAGCAGUCAGAGCUCUGCAUCUGAGGAGUCUGUGUUGAGAUCUGAUGCCCCUGACAGCACAGGAGAUCAACCUGGACUUCACCAGGAAAGCUCUUCAAAUGGAAAGUCUGAGUGGCUAGAUGCCUCCCAGAAGUCACCCCUUCAUGUUGGGGAGACGAGGAAAGAGGAUGACCCCAAUGAGGACUGGUGUGCAGUUUGUCAGAAUGGAGGGGAACUCCUGUGCUGUGAGAAAUGUCCCAAAGUAUUCCAUCUCUCUUGUCACGUGCCCACUCUGGCAAAUUUUCCAAGUGGAGAGUGGAUCUGCACUUUCUGCCGAGACUUAUCUAAACCCGAAGUUGAAUAUGAUUGUGAUGCUCCCAUUCACAACUCAGAAAAAAGGAAAACUGAAGGCCUUGUCAAACUAACACCAAUAGAUAAAAGGAAGUGUGAACGCCUACUUUUAUUUCUUUACUGCCAUGAAAUGAGCCUGGCUUUUCAAGACCCAGUUCCUCUGACCGUGCCUGAUUAUUACAAAAUAAUUAAAAAUCCAAUGGACUUGUCAACCAUCAAGAAAAGACUACAAGAAGAUUAUUGCAUGUAUACAAAGCCUGAAGAUUUUGUAGCUGAUUUUAGAUUGAUCUUUCAAAACUGUGCUGAAUUCAAUGAGCCUGAUUCAGAAGUAGCCAACGCUGGUAUAAAACUUGAAAGCUAUUUUGAAGAACUUCUGAAGAAUCUUUAUCCAGAAAAAAGGUUUCCUAAACUAGAAUUCAGGAAUGACUCAGAAGAUAAUAAAUUUAGUGAUGACUCAGAUGAUGACUUUGUACAGCCCCGGAAGAAACGCCUCAAGAGCAUAGAGGAACGCCAGUUGCUUAAAUAAGCACACUGGCCUGUGCUGGUGUUGAUUUUUGUUUUCAAAAUACAUUUUGCCACUAAUUUAACAUCAUUACCAAGAAGAGUUUGUGACCAUCUUAAGUUUUCAAUGUUUACUAGACUCCGAUUUCCUUAAUAACCCAUUUCUUUUAACCUUCUUAUUAAGAAAGAAAGGAAAAGAGGGAGGAAGGAAGGAGAAAGGAAGAAAGAAGCAUCAACAACAAAAUUAAAAGACACUCUUCCCACUUCCUGGAUUUCAAACUGCAGUCCCGAGUGACAGCUACUAUAGAAAGGACUUUGUAUGAACUCUAAGUUGAAAAUUUAAUGUGGUCUGGAUGUGUGCAUUAAUCCAUUUUUAGAAAAUACCACUACUCAAUUAUGGACCAACCUGAGUUAGGUGUACUGCAUGUAAGUACAGUACUCCAUGAAUGUCAGUGGUAAUAAGAGUUCUAUCCUAGAAUGCCCACUGGUGCACCAAGAAAGUAGACUAGAUGCUGUUUAAGAAGGUGCCUAAUAAGCAUAUCAUGUAAGAUGGCAACUGUAUUAAAGAAAAAGGAAAACAAAUGUUUGAUUUUUUUUUUUUUUAAUCUGUAGAGGUGUUUGAUAUAGCAGGUUUUCAAGGCCAUGUUUCAUACGUUUCUAAAACCUCUCCUUCUUCCACCAGGGAAGGAAGUAAGUGUACUUGUUUGGUUUUGCUGUGUGUCUGUGUGUGGACUGGUGUUUGCAUUUUAACUGUGCAGAUGACCCUUUUAUAACAAGACUCAUUGUCUCAGUAUGGCUUUUAGUGGAGCCAUCCAGAAUAUGAAAUACAGCAGUGUGUGCCAUAUUUGAUGUAAAGAUUCUUCAACUUAUACCCUUUGGAGCAUUAAAUACAAAUUCCCCUGAAAGGGACCAGUUUUUGUGGUUUUCAUCUGUCUUUAUAAAUUGGAAUGAAAGUCUUUUGUGGACAUGAGAAGCAGGCAGUUAGAGGGAAUUAUAGUGAAAUUUAAAUUUUUUCUAAAGCAUCUAUUUUUCAGAAUUAGAACCUCAAAUUGAUUCUUUCUGACUUAAUCUGGGCUUCAUUUUCAUUCUCUUGAUGGAGAGAGAUAGAAAACCUACCUUCUGAAGGCAAGCAUAUUCUUCCUGGGUCAGCCUUGGCUAGUUUAAUUGACUUUCAUGUAUUCCUUUUACUUGUUGUUCAGUAUCAAGGAAUGUAACUAGAUUAAGAUAGAAGAAAAUUGUUGUGCCAUUUCCUAAUCUAACGUUUGACAGAAUACAUGAAAUGUUUUAGUUUGCCAAAGUAAACCUUUAUUUAUAAAACAUCAGUUGGCUGAGGAUAUUUUCCUCUUAGGCCAGAAGAAUAAAAAUAUAGCUGACUUGACAGAAUUUUAUCCUUUGGAUGGUGUCAGGUCCCAUGAAUUAAACCUAGAGGACUUCCCACAUGGCAUUAUGUCUUCAAAUGGAUAAUUUGAAAAUGCCUUGUGGCUAAGUCAUUGGGUUUUCAGGUACUGCUGAAGAUAAAAUGAGAAAAUACUGAUUAUUUAUUGGCAAGAGCAUCUCACUUUGUGUAGACUUAGUCCAUAUGUCAAUUAUGUAUUAAAGGUUAAGAAACCGUAAUUCACUUUUCCAAAUACGUGUUUCAGGGAAGUUGUUGUUGUAUGGUUUUGAGUAUGUAUUUGCCGUUUAUUCUCCAGAAACAAACAGAUUUCGGUAAUAGUGCAUUUACCACUUGAUUGUCUUCUUUUGCUCCAGCGUCUUUAGCACAGCAGCCAUGGAGCUGUUGCUAAUCCGUUUAUUGUUUUUAUGUUAGAAUAGUUCCUUAGGACAUUUUCUUCUUCCACAUUUGUCUCCUUAGUUAAAGGAGGGCACUGCAGAUAAAUUUUGAUGAUCACAAAGGGAAGUAGCACUUAAGAGUGAAAAAUUAUAAUUUCCUAAAUGCAUCUGAGCCAGAAUGUCUACUAAUGUACCCAGAACUUUCACUGUUAUAUUCAGUGCCAUAUGAAUCGUUUAAAACAUUAUUUUUCUUUCACCUUUAUAUAUAUAUACAUACACACACACACACACAUAUAUAUAUUGCUGAAUGAAAGGCACUUGACAACCACAUAUAUUAGAAGAGUUUCUCUCUCCAAAUAGCAUUUUCUUAACAGUUUUUAAAGUCCUCUGACCUUAUUAGCAGGUGCCUAUGUGUCCAGGAAGAUCCCAGCAAAGUAGUCCUUAAAUUAUAAUAGAAAUAAGCUAUCAGAAGAGCCUGACUAUACCUCAUGGCCACUUGGAGAGCAUUCCUUUCAAAAGGUCAGUGCAACUCAAGCAACCUUGACCUAAAUUUGAAAACUCCAGUUUUUACCUCUGAUCAAAAACUCCUGGAGAUUGCCCUCUAUAUUUAGAACCAAGAGCCUCAUGUCAUAUCUGCAGGACUCCCAAUGCUGAAGGGGGAUCACAUGAUAAACAGGCCAUGUGGCACCUAGAACUGACUCAGUCCAGCUCAUCAAAAGUUUUCCCAGGUGCCAAGCAUCUGAUCUUUCCCAUCAAUAAGAAAACCCAAUACACAGUCAGUGACUUACAAGGAUAAUGUAUACCAUGAUAGUGAAAGUGAAGUUGUAUCCACCUCUUUGCAACCCCGUGGACUGUAGCCCACUAGGCUCCUCGGUCCAUGGGAUUCUCCAGGCAAGAAUACUGGAGUGGGCUGCCAUUUCCUUCUCCAAUAUUAAAUUCCAAAUACUAUCUGGCAAUACAAUUACCUUGCCCUUUGAAUUAACAGGCCCUGCUUUUCUUUUCUGAAUUGAAGGGUAGGAAAUUGGAAGUUCCUAGAAGGAAAAUGUCCUCUUUUGGUAGCUUUACUUUCCUUUCCAAGCUAAAGAACUGGCUCCACAUUUUACUACUACACAAUAGUGUAGACAUAACAUAAUUUAGGACUGCUUCCAAAAAGAUUCAUUCCACAAUCAAAGGGUGAGUAUAUGCAUUUGCAUUUCAGUUUUCUCUUGCUGUUAAUACUGCUUAAACUUUUAAAUUUAGGUUACAUGGAGAGACUAGUUAGACAGUGAAAGGAGGAACUAACUCCUUUUGAUCUACAGAUGAACGUGAAUCCCAGCAGUAGGUUGCUUCACGGGAGCAAAAGAUUUUUAAAUUUAAAUAAAAUAUGUUCUUAUUUUUUCAUCUGUAUCUGUUAUGAAUGAGAGAAACUGAGUGAUCUGAUUGGCCAUUAAAAUUAUGGACAUAACCAUGAGUUCAACCAUCUAAUUGCUUGUUGAAAUAGAAAGUGAAAGUCACUCAAUCAUGUCCAACUCUUUUUGCAACCCCAUGGAUUGUACAGUCCAUGGAAUUCUCCAGGCCAGAAUACUGGAGUGGGUAGCCUUUCCCUUCUCCAGGGGAUCUUUAGAAGCCCUCCUUUAAAAUAACCAUGCACAUACAUAUUUUUAAAAAGUUUUUAUAAUAUCAUGUAAGUUAAGAAUUCAUGUCUUUUUAUGUAUAUUAUCUCUUCAUCUUGGAUGUGAAUUAUCUAAAAUUCACAUUUGAUGGCUCAUGUUCUUGAAAGAGAAUAAUGCUAGCCAAUCAGAUCACAGUUUCUCUCCCCAUGAAGGUUUUGUUUAUUGUGAAGGAUAUCUGAGGCAGUAGUCUUUGUUGUUGUUUUUAAUUUGGGAGAGUCAACUAAUGCUUUGAUUUUAAUAAAAAUCAGCUUUGAUGAA